AAUACACCUUUUCGUACCUUCAGUAAAAUUAUAUGUCUUUCUCUUUAGUGUUCCCAGCGUUGUUGCUUGUGAGCGGUGCGCCGGGAUCAUGUCCACCGACGCUAUCUGUAGAUAUGUGCGAGGCGUCUUGUGGGCCUAGCGUGUCCUGUGGGAAUACUAAAAUAUGCUGCCCCACGGCCUGUGGUGGUGCUAUGUGUGUUGACCCCAUGACGCAGCGGCAUUUCAUCACUUUAGUGAAGAAAGGCCAAUGUCCCGAGUACCCCGGUGGGCCAUGGGUUUGCAGCCACACGUGUACAAGUGACUCAGAUUGUCCGCGAGCGCUAAAAUGCUGCACCAACAGAUGUGGCGCCCUCACGUGUCAGAAACCAGACCCUGAUGAACCUAAUGUACAAGGAAGAUAGUGUACUAAAGUUAAAUAAAUACUAGCUAAUGUUAAAAUUAAAA